CCUUUUCCCGCGAAAAUCAGAGCGUCCAACAUGGCGGUGCAACCAAACCAGCAGCUGCAGCUAGACAGCUCCCAGGAGCUGGGAUUUCUCAACUUUCUUCGGACGAUGCCCGAGAAACCUGCAACAACUUUCCGGGCUUUUGAUAGAACUGAUUACUACACGGCCCACGGUCCUGAUGCCAUCUUUGCUGCCAAGGAAGUUUUUAAGACCAUGGGAGUCAUCAAGAACAUGGGAACAGGACCCAACAAGAUGGAGUAUGUGACUCUGAGCAAGAUGAAUUUUGAGUCGUUGGUACGGGAACUCCUAUUGGUCAGACAGUACAGACUGGAGGUCUACAAGAACAAGGGAACAGCCAAGAACAAUGACUGGGAACUGGACAUCAAGGCCUCCCCAGGAAAUCUGACCCAGGUGGAAGACAUCAUCUUUGGCAGCACAGGAGCGGUGACCUCGUCUGGUGUCCUGGCUGUUAAACUGUCCGGGGAGGGAAACAACAAGGUGGUCGGUGCCGGGUACGCGGACGCUACCAUGAGGCAGCUGGGGGUGUGUGAGUUUGUGGACAACGACCAGUUUUCCAACCUGGAGGCCCUGGUGAUUCAGACAGGACCGAAGGAAUGCCUGAUCCCCGCCGGUGAGAACACACCUGACAUGGGCCGGCUCAGGAUCGUCCUGGAGCGCAACGGACUGCUCAUCACGGAGAGGAGGAAAGCUGAGUACUCUACUAAGGACAAUGUCCAGGAUUUGAACCGACUUCUGAAGCCCAAAACUAAAGGGGAACAGGUCAACUCUGCUGCACUCCCUGAGUUAGAGAAGACAACAGCCAUGGCGUCUGUGUCUGCACUUAUCAAGUACCUAGAGCUUUUGGGUGAUGAGACCAACUUUGGUCAGUUUAAGCUGGAGACCUUUGACCUGAACCAGUACAUGAGACUGGACGCCGCCGCAGUCCGAGCACUCAACCUGCUCCCAACGUCACUGGACGGUGGUAACAGGUUCCAGUCCGUGGCAGGACUGCUGACCCACUGUAGGACGUCUCAAGGUCACAGGCUUCUCACCCAGUGGGUCAAACAGCCUCUCAUGGACAAGAACAGGAUCGAGGAGAGAUUGAAUGUUGUGGAAGCUCUUGUUGAGGACUCAGAACUCAGGCAGACACUUCAGGAGGAACAGCUGCGAAAGGUCCCAGACUUCCAUCGCCUGGCCAAGAAGUUUCAGAGGAAGAGGGCCAAUCUACAGGACUGUUACAGGGUGUACCAGGCUCUGAACAUCAUUCCCCACCUGACCGAGGCUCUAGAGAAACAUGAAGGGACACACAAGAGCCUUCUCAUGGAGCUGUUUUCCAACCCUAUCAAGGAGCUUCUGUAUGACUUCCGUAAGUUCCAGGAGAUGGUAGAGACGACCAUGGACAUGGAGAGGGUGGAGAAACACGAGUUUGUCAUCAAACCUGACUUCGAUGACAACCUCAAGGAGCUGAGAGCGAAGAUGAACCAGCUUGAUGAAGACAUCAAAAGUCACCUGAAUGAGGCUGCUCGGGACCUGAAGCUGGAACCAAACAAGGUUCUGAAGUUAGAGACAAGCACACAGCUGGGCUAUCACUUCAGGGUCACACUCAAGGAGGAGAAAGCUCUCCGUGGAAACAAGACGUACCGCACCCUGGAGACCAGUAAGAACGGGGUCAAGUUUACAGACAAUGACCUGCAGAGGAUGAACGAGGAGUACCUGAAGGCCAAAGAGGCGUACGCUGACACACAGAAGGCAGUGGUGGACGAGAUUCUAGGCAUAGCAGCUGGAUAUGUGGAACCUAUGGGGAGCCUGAGUGACGUCAUUGCACAGCUGGAUGCCUUGGUCAGUUUUGCCUGUGCUUCAGCCAAUGCUCCAAUACCAUACGUCAGGCCUAAGCUGACAGAGAAAGGGGAGGGGGGCAUUAAACUGGUGAAUGCUCGCCACCCCUGUCUGGAACUACAGGAUGAUGUGCAGUUCAUCCCCAAUGACGCCAGCUUUGACAGAGAUGAGCAGAUGUUCCUUAUUGUGACCGGCCCUAACAUGGGAGGGAAAUCUACAUACAUCAGACAGAUUGGAGUGAAUGUGCUGAUGGCCCAGAUUGGUUGUUUUGUACCAUGUGACUCUGCGGAGGUGUGUAUCGUGGACUGUAUCCUGGCCCGGGUUGGUGCAGGAGACAGCCAACUCAAGGGUGUGUCCACGUUCAUGUCUGAGAUGCUGGAGACAGCAUCCAUCCUUAGGUCUGCUACCAAGGACUCUCUUAUCAUCAUAGAUGAGCUUGGCAGGGGGACGUCAACUUACGAUGGCUUUGGUUUGGCCUGGGCCAUAUCAGAACACAUAGCAACAAAGAUCGGCGCCUUCUGUCUGUUCGCCACACAUUUCCACGAGCUGACCGCCCUGGCCGACGUCGUUCCCACGGCAACCAACCUCCACGUCACCGCCCUGACCACAGGGGGAACUUUGACCUUGCUUUACAAGGUCAAACCAGGUGUUUGUGAUCAGAGUUUUGGUAUCCAUGUGGCUGAACUCGCACACUUCCCAGAGAAAGUCAUUGAGUUUGCCCGACAGAAGGCCCUGGAGCUGGAAGACUACCAGAGUAUCUCCCUGAGUGGAACUGCCAUGGAGGGGACAGACGCUGUGGCUGCCAAGAAACGAAGACUGGCCAAACAGGAGGGAGAGGCUAUCAUACAGGACUUCCUGUCCAAGGUCAAGGACCUGCCGCUGGCCACCAUGACAGCAGACGAGGCACAGGCAGCUGUCCAGCAGCUGAAGGAAGAGGUCAUGGCUCGAGACAACCCCUACAUCCACGAUGUCUUGGCACGAGACUUUUGAUCGAUUUAACUUGGAUAUACUUUCCUUUAGAUAUUGAUAAGGUUAUAUCGGUAGGAAUUACAUGUAAUGUAGUAAUGUUACCUACAUUAAAGGCACCCAAAACAGUUUCAGGGCAGUAGAACUGGAUUGUAGUUACUGUAGGUUGAAUCAACCCAAUCCCAAAGCAACUGUAGAUAUCUGUGAGUCAAAAAUGCAAUCUUGCUGACAGAAAACAGUUGCGUAUUUUGUAUAAAAGGCUGGUUCUAGCUAUUUGUUGUCAGAACUUUAAAAUAAAGGGACUCCUCACA